UUCUUAAGAAGCCUCCACGCCUGCUCUUUCUCUCUCUAGGAUCUUGACUCAUUCCAGGAUUACAAAAUGUUGUUCUUCCCCUGAAAUUUGAACCCUUUAAAUACAAAUUUCACAGCUUCGUUUUUAUCAUUCCAAGUUAUCUUCUUUAUUUCUCUCCUCAAAUUUGGAAAAUAAUGGCGGGAGGGAGUAGCAGUGGCACCGCCAGGGAGCUUGAUCAAACUCCGACAUGGGCCGUCGCCGGAGUUUGUGCCGUGAUUAUUCUCAUCUCAAUUUGCCUUGAAAAGGGUCUCCAUAAAGUUGGGGCGUGGUUUACUGCAAAGCAUAAGAAAGCACUAUAUGAUGCUUUGGAGAAAGUUAAAGCAGAGUUGAUGGUUCUUGGAUUCAUUUCCUUGUUAUUAACGUUCAGUCAAUAUUACGUUGCUAAAAUCUGCAUCCCGGCUAAGGUCGCCGACACUUUGUUGCCGUGUCCGGCGAAAGUGGUCAAGGAUGAUAAGAGUGGGCGGAGGCUUUUAUGGUACGAGCACCGGAUGUUAGCCGCCGGUGACUCGGGUUCAGGUUGUAAAGAUGGGAAGGUUCCACUUAUAACUGUUAAUGCUCUGCAUCAACUGCAUAUCCUUAUUUUCUUCUUGGCUGUUCUUCAUGUUGUCUAUAGUGCACUUACAAUGGGUCUUGGAAGAUUAAAGAUCCGUGGAUGGAAACAGUGGGAACAGGAGACUACAUCACAGGAUUAUGAAUUCUCAGUUGAUAAAUCGAGAUUCAGGCUUACCCAUGAAACCUCGUUUGUUAGAUCCCAUACUAGUUUCUGGACUAGAAUUCCAAUCUUCUUCUACAUAGGAUGCUUUUUUCGACAAUUUUUCAGGUCUGUUAACAAGUCUGACUACUUGACUCUACGAAACGGAUUCAUCAGCGUUCAUUUGGCUCCGGGGAGCAAAUUUAACUUCCAGAAGUACAUCAAAAGAUCUUUGGAGGAUGACUUUCAGACUGUGGUCGGAGUCAGUCCUAUCCUAUGGGCAUCAUUUGUUGUCUUCCUGCUCCUAAAUGUCAACGGUUGGAAAGCUCUGUUCUGGGCAUCAUUAAUCCCUCUUCUUAUAAUAUUGGCGGUUGGGACUAAGCUUCAAAUGGUUUUAACAAAAAUGGCUCUCGAAAUCACAGAAAGACAUGCGGUUGUACAAGGGAUUCCUCUAGUUCAGGGUUCCGACAAGUAUUUCUGGUUUGGAAGGCCACGACUCGUUCUUCAUCUUAUCCAUUUUACUCUAUUCCAGAACGCCUUUCAAAUAACAUAUUUCCUGUGGAUUUGGUACGAAUUCGGAAUCACAUCAUGUUUCCACAACAAUCUGGAGCUUGUUAUUGCGAAAAUUGUGAUUGGGGUUGGAGUUCUGUUCUUGUGUAGUUACAUUACUCUGCCACUCUAUUCACUCAUAGCUCAGAUGGGCUCACACAUGAAGAAAACGAUAUUUGACGAGCAAACAUCGAGAGCAUUGAAGAAUUGGCAAAUGGCUGCUAAGAAGAAACAAAACAGGGGAUCAAAAUCACCAACACGAACACUUGGAGAAGGUUCUGAAUUUUCAGUAAGAUCCCCUGUACAUUCUUCUGUCCCAGGAUCCCCACCACUUCAACACUUCAAUACAACUGGACACUCCGGUCGGGCGGCGACCACAAUGGAGGAUGAAUUAUUUGUGACAAUUGACAACGGAAAACACGAUCGAAACAAAGACGAUGAUGUUCACGAGGGAGAGAAAGAUUUCUCGUUUGUGAAACCGGCUCCGUCACAACAACGUUAAAGAUUUACAAGGUAAGAGGAUGAGCAGAUUGUGUACAAUAUAUAUUUAGUCCACACGACGAUGUUAAUAAUUUGAUGAUGUGUUGGGACAUUCUUCUUUUUGUACAAUUUUUUUGGGCAA